UGUAUAUAUAUGCACAUUCAUAAAGCUCCCUCCUUUAUUUUAGCUCCUUAUUCUCAUUCUCCCUUUAUAUCUUCUCUCUUUCUCUAGCUAGUUGAUGUGAUUCUCCACUAUACACCUCCAAAAACCAAUUAACCUUUACAAAAGAGAGAAAGAUCAAGAACAAUGGUUUUUCCUUCAAUUCCAGUAUAUUUUGAUCCAUCCAACUGGCAGCAGCAACAAAAUCAUCAAUUUGGAGGUAGCAGCACAAGCCCUUUGCUUCAACCAGCUGCUUUACAACCUGCGCCACCACCUCCACCACCCCCACAGCCUCAUGCUGGUGGUGCCACUGGAUCAGUCCGGCCAGGCUCCAUGUCUGAAAGAGCCCGGUUAGCUAACAUACCCAUGCCAGAGGCUGCCAUGAAAUGCCCUCGAUGCGAUUCAACAAACACAAAAUUCUGCUAUUUCAACAACUAUAGUCUUUCCCAGCCAAGACACUUUUGUAAGACCUGCAGAAGGUACUGGACUAGAGGUGGCGCUCUGAGAACCGUUCCGGUGGGAGGUGGAUGCAGGAGAAAUAAAAGAAGCAAAUCUACUAGUUCAAAGUCUCCUGCCAGUAGUGACAGGCAAACCACCUCCAGCUCCACCAGUACUGUUUCCUCUAACAGUGGAUCGAUGGCUAAUAUAUUCGGCCUCAAUCCUCAAUUUCCACCUCUACGCUACAUGUCUCCUUUGACUCAAUUUGAUAACUAUACUAGUGGUGAUAUUGGCCUAAAUUAUAGUGGAAUUUCAGCUCCAAUGGUCGGGACAAGUGAGAUGAAUUAUCCUGUAGGAAGCAGUCUACUUGGUGGUGCUGGAGGCAGUAUUGGUGGAGGGGUGGCUAAUUCCCUUUUAUCAAGUGGUGCUGGAGUUGAGCAGUGGAGGUUGCAGCAAUUCCCUUUCUUGAGUAGUUUGGAUCCGUCUCCAGCCGGACUUUACCAAUUUCAAGGUGGCGUUGAGCAAUCAGGCUUUGUUGGUGAAACUAGUCAGGUGAGGCCUAAAUAUUCAAGUUCAAUUCUAACUCAGAUGGCAUCAGUAAAAAUGGAAGAUAACCCAGAGUUAAAUAUGCCAAGGCAUUUUUUGGGGAUGCCAGGAAAUGAUCAGUGGAGUGGUGCUGCCAAUUGGACAGAUCUUUCUAGUUUUAACUCUUCUUCAACAAGCAAUCAGUUAUAGAAAUUAUAUAGUUUCUUGAGUUUUUGAUCUGCAGUUCAUCGAAACGAGGCUUAAAAAGUGUUUUAUUCUUCAUGAUAAGAGAUCAUAUAUAUUGAAGAUCACUGAAAAGUUGGGCCGAAAACUUACACCUUAAUUGAGAGGUUUCAGGAUGGCAACUGGAUCGACUGAAAACCCUAGAAUUGGUAGGUUGUUGUUGUUUUUUUAUUUAUUUAUAUAUUUUUCUUUGUAGGUUUUCCUGUACUUCCUGAAAAAUGUUUCACAAUGGAGUAUGUUGAGUUGUUUUAGCUUUAUUUUAGACACUGAGGUCUAAGAAGCUGAUUUAAGGUUCAUUUUAUUUCUCAUAUUAUAUCAUCUUCUGUCCUAA